CGUUUGCCUCCUCUGGUUGGUAGGGUAUAAGUAGGGUGAGGCAAUCAAUGUAACACAUCACCAAUCAAGAUGGCGAUGUUGCAGAACGCUCUGAUAGCUUAAAAUAGCGAGAAUCGGCGGACUAAUUACAUCGAAAACGGUCAAAAUACAGUUGUGAGAUUUUUCUUACUUGGGCCAAAUGUUAAACAAAAUAAAGUUGACUUACUUUAAUCCUCAAUAUGAGUGGAGUUUAACAUUUGAUGGAUUUCCAGUUUGGUCGUAUCUUAUUAUCCUUGUCUGCUCCUCGCUGUUUCGGUAUCAGAUGUUGAUAAGGCAACUGGUGGAUGUUUUGUCUUAUAACAUCCCUCUCCCUACUUAUAAUCAUGACAAUCUAUUAAGUGGCGAAGUUAUCGAAACGCAAAUCAUAGACUAAAACCUGGCGGACCAAAAUGAUUCGGAACUUCAUAGUUGUGAGAUUUCUUCUUGAUAUCUCUGAGGCGAUUAACCUUGGAGAUUGGAACGUUCAAACUAUUUUAAUACUCGUGAGAUUUCUUCUUAAUAUUUCCAGGGUGAUAUCUGUAUACAUGGUUGUCUUUCCUCUCCUUAUAAACCUUAAGGAUAAGCAGACCAAUUUGGCUGGAAAUGACUAAAAUGCCGGUUUAUCACUUCGCAAUCUCAAGAAGAAAUGUAACAAUUCCUUUAGACUUUCAAAUUCCAGUAUAGUUUGUUUUAACAUGGGAGAAAGUAUUAGUCUGAAUUUGAUAGUUUGCACAAUUCGCCAUUUUGCUAAUUAUCUUGAAAUGAUCAGAAAAACAAUGGAUUUGAAGGAUGACUGGUAUGGCUGGACUAUGUUUAUUAAACAUCCUAAUCUAUUACGUCUUUUUUUAAUUUAACGUGUUGUUUUUGAUGAUUAAGAAUUGGAAAUUUUGACGUGACGCUUUUCCUGUAAAUUAUCUUCGUACUCUUAUCUGAGACAAAUCCCAAAAGAUAAGUUUCCCGGGAUAUUCAGUGUGCAUAAGUAUUCCUGGUUGAACAUUACUGGUGGAUUUUUCUUCUUAAAUGCUGGGAAUAAGGGAGGGGCGAAUAUGUUGAAAUCGCCUGAUCGCCGUUCGCCCUCCUGCUCCAGGGGGAAGACGAUGAAGGAUUUCGAGGAGGAGCUGAACACUCUCAGGAGGGAGAAUUUCGAUCUGAAAAUGAGGAUAUACGUCCUCAAUGAACACUUGGAUCUUAUUCAGAGUGUUGAUAAUGUAGAAGAAAUUUACGAGACUCAUACAAAACUAAAGAAAGAAAUCCAGAGCUUAAAAGUUGAACUGUCUGAUAAAGAAGAUCUAAUAUUAAAAACUGGUGAAGCUAUGAAUCUUUUGUCUAACAAACAUCGAGAAGAAAUCGCUUUACUUAAAGCAAAAGCCCAAGAGGAAGCAGAACAGUACCAGGAUAUUAUAUCACGGCUAAAGCAGGAGUAUACACCUAGAAGCAAACUGGUGUUACCUUCUCACCGUCCCGAAUUUGAUGAUUCUUCUGCUAUGUAUGCAAUGGCGUUUGCUUUAAAUGAAAACUUCAACGGGAAUGCACCACAAGAUCGUAUUUUAGAAGAACAGGUAUUGAAAUUGGAGGCAGAGCUGGCUCUGAAAUCCAAACAGAUCGAGGAGGCCGAUGAGAAAAUUAAAACACUUCAAGAACAAAUAUCUGCACUUCAGGUUAACAAUAAAACAACCGAAAAAGAGCUUAAAUCCAAGGCUGAUAAGCUGGAGGAUGUUUUCAAUGAACUUAGACAGCGUGAAAUUCAAGCUGAUGACCUGCACAAAAGGAUAUUUUCACUGGAGUCUUCGGUAAAAGACAAAGAAGCCGAACUUGAGGUUAUGUCAUUGAAACUGGAAUCACUUAAGAGUGUGGAGGAUACAAUCAACACUUGUAAAAAACAACUAGAUCACAGCCGAAAUGAAAACGAAUCUUUACAACAUCGGCUUACACAAGUGCAUGUCAGAAUGAAUAGAAAAUCUCUUCAAGAAUAUCGUGAUCCAGCUAUUAUAGUUGAACCUCUUCAAGUGAAACCGUCUUGUAAGACUUGCGUGGACAAGGCAAAGCUCGAGGAGAAAGUAUCUACGCUUAAAGCUUGCAUAGCUGAAAAGGAAAACGCACUCGAGGAGGCGAGGGUCGAACAGCACAAGACGAUCAAAGCGCUCCAAGGGUUCAUGAAAGCUAAUAAAGCUUUGAGGAGGGAUCUUGAUAACCUUCAGGAACAGAUGAAAAAAAUGGAUGAAAAAGAGGGGAACCGCAGCCGCACUGAGGGAAUGACUGGGUCAAAAUGCGAUGAGGAAUACAUUAGAGACCUUGAAAGUAAAAUUAAGACGCUAACGGAAAAUCUGAAAGAAAGCGAGCUGAAAUUAAAAGAGCUGAGUGAGAAAGAUCCAGACGUCGAAAAAGAGGAAAGAGUCGAAGAGUUAGAGCAUUUGGUUUCUACGCUCAAAGGGCAGUUGGAUACUAUCCUGACCAAGAAAAGCAAAGAAAACGAAGAACUUUCUAGUCUUAGGGCGGAGAUCGAGUUAAAGAAUAAGUCGAUAGAACAACUUAAUGAAGAGCUCAGAAAGAGGACGUUCAAUUUGCAAGAGCUCGUUAAUAAAGAGCUUUGGGAUAAAAACAGGGAAAUAGAAAAAUUGAAUACACUCUGUGAAAAGAAGCAGAAUGAAUCCAUGGAACUGAGAACCAAAAUGGAGUCGCAACAGGAAGAACUUAUUGCUUUGAAUGAUAAAAUCCAGGAACUGAGUGAUAACAUCAGCUGCAAACUAACCAAAAAAGAUGUCGAAAAGCUCAGAGAAGAUUAUGAAAAAGAAAAAGACAAUAAUAAAGCCCUUUCUGAAAAGUGUAACAAUUUAGAGAAAGAAGUGACUAAAUCAGAAAAGGCCCGCAAAGAGCUUGUCAACGCAUGUGUUUUGCUUCAGACGAGAUUAGAAGAGUUGGUCUUCUUCAUGGAUUCAUUGAUACCAUCGUUGGCUGGGAAAAACAGAAGGAUAUUACAAGAAGCAGUAGAAAGAAGUAGAGAAGCAUCGAGGACAUUAACACUUUCUGUGUUAGAAGAUACUGUCGUACAUACUCCGACUCCAAUCUUGCCAGACUUUUCUCAAGUCGAUUUCUGCUGCGAUAGCUUCAAUCUAAGUGCCAAAAUUCUCAGCAAAUCAAACCUGGCUAACCAGACACAAGAAUCUGUUGUCGAUAAACCGAGCGAAGAUAAUAAAUUGAAUGGCGAAGUCAAAGAGAGUAAAGCGAGCAUUUUAUCAAGCCUGAAGGAAAAAGACAGGAUAGCGCUGAAAGAGCUUAACGACAUGGCACAAAGUUUUGUCCUGGAUGAAAUGACAGAAGGCUCGAUACCGGACUUCCUGACUGAUGACACUGAACCUCAAAUUGUAGACGACAACGGUAAGAAGUCACCUCCAAAAGAAAUAAUCAACAUUUCUGAGUCUGAAGAGUGGUCAGAACCUGAUCGAAACGUCUCUAAAGCAAGAAUAGGCAUUCCCAAGGAAUCCAUAAGUAAAACGUCUAAUCCGGCCGAUUCAUCAGAUCAGUCAGAAAACUCAGACAAACAAAAUCCUUCCAAACGUCGACACAAAUCAAAUGACGUCAGAAGAUUGAAUCUCAAGUUGAAACAAUUAGGAAAUGUCAUUGAAACUUUAAGGCUGUCUCCUUCUAAAACUCAGCCCGAUUCAAGUUUCACAAUUCAAAUCAAUGACCAAGUUUCGACAGCAAGUAUCAUAGAUAAAAUAUCAGAAGGCAGAAAUCAUAUCGACAGCUCGUUGAAACAGAGUGAAUAUGUUUUAAAUCAAAUCAAAUCCCUGUCACUUGAAGAGGCAGGAAGGUCGGCACUGGAAGAACAACUCUCCCUGAUUACCGACAGCUUGACCAAUCUGACCAUGUUGUGCCAAGAGAUGGAAAGUUUUCUGAUCCAGGCCGAAUCGGACAAGAAAGACCUUUGUUUGAAAAUGUUCGACAAUGACAGGAAAAUAGAUGGCAUGAACACUUCUAUCCUCAGGCUACAGUCGGAGCUGAAAGAGAAGGAAAACGAGGUACUGGAAAAACAGUGUGCUCUAUUGGAACUUAAAAAUGAGUAUCUGAUCACUGAGACGAAAGGAAAAAACAUCGAAAGCAGACUGGCUGAAGCCAAUGUCAAGCUCCAGGAAUACCUUAAAAAUGCGGAUAAAGAAAAACAGAUAAGUAAGGAAAGACAUGCCCAGGAGAUAUCCAGUCUCCAGCAGAAAUUCAAGCAGAAGCAAGAUGAGCACAACAAGGAAAUAAAUCAGCUGAAGAUUUUGUUGGACAGAGCCAAUGAGUCGAUACAAGAAUUGAACCUGGCCAGGCUGCGGAGCGAGGAAGAACACAAACAACAAUUGGAUUUGAUAAUGAAAGAGAGCAAAGCUACUCUUGACGAUGAGAUAAACAAAAGGAUGGACGCUGAGAGGAAACUCGUCAAAAGUUACGAGAUGCAAGCAGAUUUGAGAAAUCAGCUAGAAAAUGAAAUAACCAAUACGCGAACGAUAGGUUCUGCUCAAAGGAAAAUGGAGUCCUGGUGGAGAAAGAAGUUACACGAAUUGGAAGCUGCCUGUUUGGAGCGUGAGAGUGACCUGAGGCGCAGGCUAGACGCCGCGACCCUUUCUACCUCACAGGCAGUCCUCGAAAGGACGAGGCUGGCUAAUGAUAAAAUUCGACUCCAGUGUGAACUUCGACGAAGAGACGAUAAUGCCCAUGAUGUAAAAGCUGCUUUGGAGCAAAGGGUGACUGAGCUUGAAGAGGCGAAUAACGAACUUGAGAAGAAGCUUGCAUGCAUCAGGAUGCCUCGGUCUGAACCCGGUUCGCCAACUCAUAAUUUUAACAGACAGAGGAGUAACCCUACAUCAGAUUACACUUCUGAUCCAGAUCAUCAUGGCAGCAGCAACAACAUUUGGUUUCCAGUCUGCGGCCGAAAUAACAAUAAUUGCUCCCCCGAUCUAGGAAUUGAAAGUGACCAAGGAAGAUUGUCGAGCCUCGAUGCGAUAUCCUCACCAAAAUCACAUGGGAACCUGGAACAACUGAUAUCAGAAAACCGGGAUUUGCGAGAGCAGCUCGACAAGACUAAGCACGCACUGAGCAAAGCGUUGAACCUCCUCGACGAUUCGAAAAAAGUGAAAAAGCUGGUCGAGAAGGCGAUCUGCCACCAGAUAGUUGAAACCAAACAUAUACUGACAAAAGCGAGGCUAAACCUCCAAGCACCUGAGCCGAAUCAAGUUUCGUGAUAAUCACAGUAUUAACUGCUUUU